GUUUAUAACCGUUCACUCGUCGUCUGAAAAAUCGCACAACGCCAACUACCUAUUAUGGCGCCGAGGCUUCCCCAUUCGAAGCUAUGUUUCAUUCGUGAUAUGAUACAGAGCCAGUCGCUAACCACAUCUGAAAUAGCCGAGCAGGCUGAAUGCAGCGAACGUACGAUCAAGAAUAUUCGCAGGAACUUACGGCUUUUUGGAAAUGUCCACGCCCCCACGAGUCGAGUCGGUCGGAGACGCACUAUAACACCCCGGAUACUCGAAGCACUGUGCGACCAUCUGAUCGAAAAACCAACCCUCUAUCUAGACGAGAUCGCUGUCUUUCUGUGGGAUGAAUUCGAGACCCAGGUAACGACCUCGAGUAUCCGAAGGGCUCUCGUAGCCCACGGUUGGUCUAAAAAGGUGGCCCAGCGGAGAGCAAGGGAGCAAAAUCCUGAUCUAAGGGAGAUCUAUUUACAUAAUAUAUCGGACUUUCAUUCGUAUCACCUAGUGUUCGUCGACGAGUCUGGGUGUGAUAAACGGGCGGGUUUCAGACGAACAGGGUGGUCACCUCUUGGCAAGGCUCCUGUACAAGUGUCCCGGUUCCAUCGCGAUCAGCGAUACCAGAUACUGCCAGCGUAUUCUCAAGAUGGUUUAGUCCUUUCACGUGUCUUCCGUGGCUCGACCGAUGCGGCGAUGUUCGAGGACUUUAUUGCUGAACUUCUUCAGCAUUGCGGACGAUGGCCGGAACCUAAGUCCGUUAUUGUGAUGGAUAACGCAUCGUUCCAUCAUUCUGAGAAGAUUACGCAGAUCUGUGCUGAUGCUGGUGUCAAACUGGUAUAUCUGCCACCGUACUCGCCGGAUCUCAAUCCAAUUGAGGAAUUCUUUGCCGAGCUCAAAGGCUUUAUCAAACGUCACUGGGGCUACUUUGAAGAUGAUUCUAGUCAAGGAUUUGAUUCCUUCCUGGAAUGGUGUAUUAAAGUAGUGGGAGCGAAAGACGACAGCGCAAGAGGUCAUUUUCAACAUGCCGGCCUGAAGAUAGAACUUUUGGAAAGUUAAAUACAUGUUGUGAUAUGCAGAAAAGAAUCUACCUUAGCCACAACCACCAUUACCAGUACCCGUACCUCCGCU